GAGUUUGCAGGAGAAGGCCUUCGGACGUUAGUCCUUGCCUACAAAAACUUGACUGAAGAGCACUUUAAAGAAUGGUUUAAAAUACUUCAGGAGGCAAAGACUUCAGUAGAUAGCAGGGAUGAACAGCUUGCUACAGCAUAUGAAGAGAUUGAAAGAGACAUGAUGUUACUAGGUGCCACUGCUAUAGAAGACAAAUUGCAAGAGGGAGUUACAGAAACCAUUGCUAGUUUAUCACUUGCUAACAUUAAGAUCUGGGUUCUAACAGGAGAUAAACCAGAAACUGCUAUGAACAUUGGUUACUCCUGCCGUAUGCUCACUGAUGCCAUGAAUGAGAUAUUCAUCAUGUCUGGCCACACGGUGAUGGAAGUACGUGAAGAGCUCAGGAAAGCAAAAGAACGUUUAUUUGGACAAAGUGAAGGAUUUUCCAAUGGUCAUGUAUUCCGUAAAAAAAAGGAAAAAUUAAACCAGGGCUCAGUUUUUCAAGUAACUGUCACUGGUGAUUAUGCGUUAGUCAUAAAUGGACAUAGCCUGGCUCAUGCGCUUGAGGCUGACCUGGAGAAAGAAUUCCUGGAAGUUGCCUUCAUGUGUAAAACGGUGCUUUGUUGUCGAGUCACUCCUUUGCAAAAAUCACAAGUUGUGGAGCUGGUUAGGAAAUACAGGAAAGCAGUCACCUUGGCUAUUGGGGAUGGAGCUAAUGAUAUUAACAUGAUUAAAAGUGCACACAUAGGAGUUGGCAUCAGUGGCCAGGAAGGAAUGCAAGCUGUCUUGGCCAGUGAUUACUCCUUUGCCCAGUUCAGAUACCUUCAAAGGCUGCUGCUUGUCCAUGGCAGGUGGUCCUAUUUCAGAAUGUGCAAAUUUUUGUGCUAUUUCUUCUACAAAAACUUUGCCUUCACUCUGGUGCAUUUCUGGUUUGGCUUCUUCUGUGGCUUCUCAGCUCAGACUGUUUAUGACCAGUGGUUUAUCACCCUCUUCAACAUCGUCUAUACUUCACUUCCUGUACUAGCAAUGGGGUUGUUUGACCAGGAUGUGAGUGAGCAGAAUAGUAUGGAUUAUUCAAAACUCUAUGAACCUGGGCAACUAAAUCUACUGUUUAAUAAACGCAAGUUUUUUAUCUGCAUAGCAUAUGGAAUCUAUACCUCUUUUGCUCUUUUCUUCAUCCCAUACGGUGCAUUUUAUAACAUAGCUGGUGAAGAUGGAAAACCCAUUGCUGACUAUCAGUCUUUUGCUGUUACUAUGGCAACAUCUUUAAUUAUCGUAGUCAGUGUUCAGAUAGUUCUGGAUACCAAUUACUGGACAGCCAUCAAUCAUUUCUUCAUUUGGGGUAGUGUAGCUGUGUAUUUUGCUAUUUUAUUUGCAAUGCACAGUGAUGAGUUUUUUGAUAUAUUCCCAAGCCACUUUUCUUUUGUAGGAAAUGCCCGUAAUUCUCUAGGCCAGAUAAGUGUUUGGCUUGUCAUUCUCUUGACUACCGUGGUUUCGGUCAUGCCUGUUAUAACAUUCCGACUUUUGAAGAUAGAUUUAAAUCCAACGCUAACUGAUCAGGUACGGAAGUUGCAAAGAGCUCGGAGGAAACAAAAACCUUUACAGACACAGAUGCAUCAGGUGUGUAGAACAAGCUCAAGAAGAUCUGCGUAUGCCUUUUCUCAUCAAGAGGGCUUCGGGGAGCUCAUAACAUCUGGAAGGAAUAUGCGAGUCAGAAAUUCGCAUCCAACAUCAGCAAUACAUAAUAGCACCAGUUGGAUUGAAAACUGGCAUAAAAAAACAGCAGAGACAAUGAACAGUUUCAGUAAUGACAGACCCAUGAACCUAUAAAUCAAGCUGAACACAAAGCAGUUUAAUGCUUUUUAAAAAUGUGGCCAUCUCUCUAUACUGUUUGCCACUUUGCAAGCAUUAAGCUAGGAAUA